UUUCCGCCACUUUCAAACCAGUUCGCUCUGUGCCUGUGCGCCCUGUUGGCCGUUGCCUGUGGCAAGCCGCAGUUCCUGACCGCCUACAGUGCGGCCUCGCCUGUGGUGGCUGCCACGCCCUACGCCUACUCCAGCGGAGUCUACGCACCAGCCGCAUACAGUGCUGCGUACACCAGCGGCGUCUAUGCCACGCCCUACGCCUACGGAGCCUACCCCUACAGCUCGGUGUACCUGAGACGCUGAGCUUCACUGUACUACGAUGAUAAUACCCGAUGAUGACCGACGACCUAAUGAACAAAUAAAGCUGAUAAAACCGAUAAAGAUUCGCAUA